ACUACAGGGGCAGCUUCAUCAUCACCGAGGGAGACACACUCAUCUGCUCACCAUGAUUAUUUCUAACUGACUCAAAAACAAAAACAUCUGGAAUUAAAGAGUAAUAGGUGGAUUCCUUUGUUGACUGCAGCUCCAGAUGUUUUUCACUUGAAAAACAGGCACUUCUUAACUUGGAUACACCUGAUUUUUAUUUUUACACAUGGAUUUCCAUAACGAUUCAAAUUUUUCUGUCUCACACACUAAUUCAACAACAACAGCUGUAUAUGGGGCCCUUCAUUCCAGUGCCAUCCUCCCUGUCAUCUUCGGCAUCAUCUGUUUUCUUGGUAUCUUGGGGAACUGCAUCGUUAUGUACACCAUCAUAAAGAAGACCAAGUGCCGCGCCAAGCAGACUGUUCCGGACAUCUUUAUCUUAAACGUGUCGAUUGUUGACCUCCUCUUUCUCCUUGGGAUGCCGUUCCUCAUCCACCAGUUGCUGGGCAAUGGCAGUUGGCACUUUGGAGCCACAAUGUGUACAGUCAUCACUGCGCUCGACUCCAACAGCCAGAUAGUCAGUACUUACAUCCUCACUGCUAUGACCCUUGACCGUUACUUGGCUACGGUCCAUCCCAUCCGCUUUAACUAUGUCCGCACACCCUGUGUAGCAGCGCUGGUCAUCGUCAUUGUGUGGGGUCUGUCUUUCCUCACCAUUAUCCCUGUGUGGAUGUAUGCGGGCCUGAUGCCUCUUCCAGAUGGACUGGUUGCUUGUGCGCUCCUCCUGCCUGACCCAAUUACCGACACAUACUGGUUUACACUUUACCAGUUCUUUUUGGCCUUUGCCAUGCCCUUGGUUAUAAUCUGCCUGGUGUUCUUCAAGAUGCUCCAACACAUGUCCAGCAGUGUGGCACCGCUGCCUCCACGGAGUCUGAGGGUGCGAACCAGGAAGGUGACCCGGAUGGCGGUGGCCAUCUGCCUUGCGUUCUUCAUCUGCUGGGCUCCUUACUACAUCCUCCAGCUGAUCCACCUUGGGGUGCAGAAGCCAACCCUUGCGUUCUCCUAUGCGUACAACAUAGCCAUUAGCAUGGGCUACGCUAACAGUUGCAUCAACCCAUUUCUCUACAUCAUCCUCAGUGAGACUUUCAAGAGGCAGUUUCUCAGAGCCGUACGUCCGGUCAACAGAAAGUUCCGCGUGAACCCGAGCACCACGGAUGGUGGCAGCGUGAGCAUGCGAAUGGUACCUGAGGGGGCUCGGCAGGAGCCGGCCCCUCGGGAGAUGAUACCAUCCAAUGUGGCGCCACAAUGAAUCAGAGGCAAAGAAUCAAAUAAUUACUUCAUCACCAUCUUAUCUGCACCAAGUUUGGACACCAGACACAAACAAUAAUGUCUGCACAUCCACUUCAAUCAAGCAUCUUGUUUAAACAGCAUGUCUGAUAUUUUUCUGCCCAAACCAGAUACAAUUUUCUUUUUCCCAUUCUUCAUAAAUUUAAACAGUUAGAGCUCCUGAAUGGGCUUGGACACAUUUUUAUUUUAGUGAUUGAAACCUGCGAAAUCAUAACAUUCUUAAUAACAGGGAGCUCAUACUCCAUAAUUUCAAAUCUCUAAAACCAUCCCUUUUAACUGACUUGAGUUUGCAUGUACAGUUCUCUUCUUUCAGUUUAUCCAGUUGAACAUUUUAACAACCCUGCUAUCUUCCACUUUUCAUAUUGACACAUAUAGACAUUUGUUAACAAUACCACCCAGCGAGUUCAAGCUGAAGGAGGCUGG